AAAUUCAAAACAACAUAAAUAGAACCACCCUUAUCUCUCUCCCUCUGUCUCCCCCAAAUUCAGCUUCCAAGUUUGCAAAAUUUCACUCAGUUUUACAUAUUCAAAUCCACCCCACCAUUUUUUUCCUUCUUUUUUGUGGGAUAGAAGAUGCAAUUAUUAUCAGUAUGCAAUUUAUGGUCACUGAGAGUACCAAUCCACAGAAACAUUGUUCUUAGCCGCCGUGAGAUCUGCUUUGAUGGAAUGUCCUCUGUUUGCUCUCACUCCCAACACUUGCCAAACGACGCCGUUCCUCCCCAACCCUUAAUUUCAAGCACUGUUGAAGAUGAAACUCAGGAUUUUGGUGCAAUGCUGAGGAAUAUUGUUGUGUCUCCAACACGACGUGUGCUAAUGGCAAGUUUGACCAUGUAUUCAUGUUUCUGUUCUUCAAGGUACUUGGCAGCCCUAGCAUUGGGAGAUCCAUCAGUGACGCUUGAAGAGGUCACCCCUCCUGUGUUUUCUUCUGGGCCACUCUUUCCCAUAGAGGAUCGAUUUGUCCAAUUGUUUGAAAGGAACACAUAUUCUGUUGUUAACAUCUUUGAUGUGACAUUACGUCCUCAGCUUAAUGUAACUGGUGUGGUUGAGAUUCCUGAAGGAAAUGGUUCUGGAGUAGUUUGGGAUGAGGAGGGACACAUUGUGACAAAUUAUCACGUAAUUGGCAAUGCCCUGUCAAGAAACCCAAGCUCUGGUGAGGUUGUUGCCCGAGUUAAUAUUCUAGCAUCAGAAGGGAUACAAAAGAAUUUUGAAGGUAGACUCAUUGGAGCUGACCGAUUAAAGGAUCUCGCUGUCUUGAAGGUGGAAGCACCUAAAGAUAUUUUAAGGCCCAUCAAGGUGGGGCAGUCAUUGUCUCUAAAAGUUGGGCAGCAAUGUUUGGCAAUUGGAAAUCCAUUUGGCUUUGAUCACACCCUCACAGUUGGGGUUAUUAGUGGACUUAACCGAGACAUCUCGAGUCAAACUGGUGUAACAAUUGGUGGUGGUAUUCAAACUGAUGCAGCCAUAAAUCCUGGGAACAGCGGAGGUCCCCUUCUGAAUUCUAAAGGAAGCUUAAUUGGAAUUAAUACUGCAAUAUUUACUCGGACAGGAACAUCAGCUGGCGUAGGAUUUGCCAUUCCAUCGUCAACUGUACUGCGAAUUGUUCCUCAGCUGAUUCAAUUUGGAAAAGUUGCUAGAGCUGGUUUGAAUGUGGAUAUUGCUCCGGACCUAAUUGCAAAUCAACUUAAUGUUCGAAAUGGAGCUCUUGUUCUUCAGGUUCCUGGGAAUAGUCUUGCGGCCAAGGCUGGCCUAAAUCCCACUACAAGGGGCUUUGCUGGUAACAUAGUCCUUGGAGAUAUCAUUGUUGCAGUUGACAAUAAGCCUGUAAAGAGCAAAGCAGAUUUGUUGAAAGCAUUGGAUGACUAUAAUGUAGGUGAUAAAGUAGUCUUGAUGAUUCAGAGAGGAAAUGAGAAGUUGGAGCUGCCUGUGGUACUUGAGGAGCAAAGUUCUUGAAAUGGUCUAUAAUAUAAUAUGCUUUGAUCUGAUAAUCCACCAAUGUAUCAAGUUGACA